UUGAAAUACAUAUUUCCUUUUUUUAUUCUCUCUAAAGUAACCCAUCUCAUUCCCUCAACUCUCUUCUCUUAGCCUCACCCUCUCUCUUCUCGUCUUUUUAUCUCCCUCACAUCUAACCUCUCAGAUCUCUUUCCAAGUAUUCUCUUGCAGGUGGCUGGCGUAGGAGUCUCGACGGAGAUAGCGACGGCGACGGCGACGGGGCUCGACCGAAUAAUCAACACUCUAGGUGCGAAGGAGUGGAUGCACCAAUCUGGGUGCUUAGCAGAGGAGUGGCUUCGACGGUGCCGUGGGUGCGUCUGGGAUGGAGGUCAUUGGGUAUGAACGGAUCUGUCACAGCUUUAGCAGAGCGAAGGGUUUCUGCCAAAGAGAUUGUUUCACUGUCUCCUCAGACUGCAAACAGAAGUGGUAGGGCUCCCUUUGAUUGUUUUGACUCAAGUCGUUGGCUUCAACGGUAUGUUGAGGCCCAGUGCUGCAUUGCUUCAAAUGACUACAAAGGUGGUCUGGAACUAUUUACAGAUCUUUCACAGCGUUUCCCUAAUAAUAUGCACUUAUUACUUGAGAUUGCAAAGGUUGAAGCAAUCAUUGGAAAAAAUGAUGAGGCCAUUAUGAAUUUUGAGAAGGCUCGAUCAAUUGAUCUGUAUCUGGUGACUUAUAUGGAUGAGUAUGCAAUGCUUCUAAAGAUAAAGUCUGAUUUUUCAAAGCUAAAUAAAUUGGUGCAUGAUUUGUUGGUCACUGAUCCUACAAGGCCAGAAGUUUUUGUAGCUUUAUCUGUUCCGAGGCUUUGAGUUGUAUUUUCUUAUUUUAUUUUUGUCUAAGGUCAUAGACUGGUUUGUCUUAGUUCAUGAUCUUGUUUGUUUAGUAUGUUUUUGAUAUGUUCUUUGAUUUUAUUGUGCGAUUAAAUUUAAUUGUGGUGGCUUUAAGAGUUAAUUUCAAAUUUGUGGCUUUAUGAGUUUUGGAUUGUUGGCUUGGUGGCUUUGAUGUAACUUUUAUGAUUUAUGUUGAUUAAAUCCCUAAUAAUUUGAAGGGUUUAUGAUGAUUGAUUUUUCUGAGGCAAUUUUUUUUAUGCUCUUUUUGAGGUAAUUUUUUAUAAUAUGUAUCGAUCCUUUUUUGUUGCUCUGGUUUGUUGUGUUUAGUUCUUUAGUGUUUCAUAUCAUCAUAUUUUUGUAUUCUGAUUUAUUUUUAGGCAAUCUGUUGUGGUAGGUGUCAUUGUUACUUUGAAUUAUUUUGGCCUAUGAUGUUCAAGAAUAAAUAUACUUAUUUUAUGUUGGUGAUUAUGACACUUGAUGUGCUCAUAUUUUAUUUUUAUUUUUAAUAUAUGUUGGUAUCUCAAGUGUCGUAAAUGCCCAUAAUAAUAAGUCAUAUAUUUUUUGAAAUCCUUAUGAUGAUUAAAUUGGGGAUAUUUAUUUUGCUGAAAUUAAUUAUAAAGUCCUUCUCACUGGCGCCAAUUCGAACCCCACCUCCGGCCAUUGUCGGUGUCCACCUCCCAAAGUCAUCAUCGACAUUCACAAUAAGUUCAGUCAGAGAAAAGGAGGCUAUCAUGCAAUGAUCCCAAAGUGAAGAAUAGGAAGAAUGUCAAGAAAAAUGACAUUAUUGAGUUUUCAAUGACCUAAAAAUAAUGUAUAGAUAUUUUUUUUUUAUGAAAUGUGCUUCUUAAUAAGCAAUGAAUAUUGUAUAAUAUAUGUUUGCUUAUUUUUUUA